GGAGCGGGCCGGGAGCGCGGCAUGGCGGGGCCGGCCGGGCUCUUCGCCGUGUACAAGCCGCCGGGGGUGGCCUGGUGCCGCGUCCGGGAGGCGGUGGAGACGCGGCUGCUGCGCGAGCUGAACGCGGCGCCGAGACGCGCCCCGCGGCAGCAGGUCCGCUUCCUACCGACACCGGCACCGAGCGGCGGCGGGGCCCUGGAGCUGGUGCCUACCAGGGUGCCGGUGCUGGCCGAGCACCCCCUCGUCCAAGGCCCGCGGUUCAGGCGGCUGAAGAUCGGAGCGGGUCACCGGCUGGACGUGAAGUCUUCAGGAGUCUUCGUGCUUGGCAUUGGCCAUGGGAACAAGCUGCUCACUGACCUGUACAACUGCCACCUGACCAAGGUUUACACUGUUGGUGGGCUGUUUGGUAAAGCCACUGAUGACUUCUCAGACACAGGGAAGCUAAUAGAGAAGACAACAUUUGAUCAUAUCACAAGGGAGAAGCUGGAAAGGAUUCUUGCUGUCAUUCAAGGGACAAAUCACAAGGCCCUGCUGAUGUAUUCCAACAUUGAUAUGCAAACACAAGAGGCUUAUGAGCUGGCUGUCAAAGGGUUGAUUCGCCCCAUGGAUAAAAGCCCCCCGAUAAUCACAGCGAUCCGAUGCCUCCAGUUUGCACUUCCAGAAUUCCAGCUAGAAAUCCACUGCUUGCAUGAGACCCAGCAGUACCUCCGGAAGGUAGUCCACGAGAUCGGGCUGGAGCUGAAAUCCUCGGCCGUGUGCACGCAGGUGCGCAGGACACGCGAUGGGGUUUUCACGCUGGACGAUGCCCUGCCCAGGACCCAGUGGGACCUGCGGAGUAUCCGGGACGCCAUUCGGAACUGCCGGCCUAAAGUGGAAACAGAGAUAGAGAAGACACUGGGACACUGGGGUAACAGUCCUGUUCAUCAGCUGGAUGUGCAGACAGCUGAGAGUGCUGAGGGGGGACAUCCAUGAGCAAUCCCUGCAGCAAUCCCUGAUGGACAGCAGAAGGAAAGAGGUUAAUUGCAGUUCACUUCCACCCUUUCCUUGAAAUGACUUUAAUCAGAGGCGUUCUUUUUUUCCCAGUGACAGGCUGUAUCAGUUUUUUGAAAGCAUCACAAACAGUUCAUUAAAGGGAGGUAGCUGUGCCAAAAUUCCCGUUGACUUUGAGAACAUUAGGUUGCUAAGGGAUAUAAAAACCCAUUCCCAAAUUGUUUAGCAGCAGGAAAUAGCGUCUUAGAGAGCUGUAUUCCCUUGACUGCACAGAUUUGUUCCUUGCAACUGGCAGCAUAACUUAUCUACUAUAUGGAUUUUAUUUUCCUUCUGUUGCCCUAGAGUGUUUUCUUUCCAUUAGCUCUGCUUUCAGACACAAGACUCAAGAUCAGGCUAAAUGAGGGAUGUGCAGGAGAAAAGAGCUUACCCAAAGCAAUGCAAGGAAAUGGCUAUAUCCAGAAUAGGUGUGUGUGAUGAGAAGUGGCUUGUAAUAGGGACUGAUGUACAGAGACACAAGAAAUAAAACUGAAAGUGACCUAAAGGGGAAGAAGAGGCUGGUUCUUGGCUCAGAACUCAUCCAUGAAUACCCUGACUCAUAAAAAAUCCAAGUAUGUG